AUGUCCUUGCAAUUGGAAAAUGGUAACGAGUUUGGCGACGAAAAUUUCCAUGAUGCUAGCGACGACCCAUUCUCUCCAUUUCCUCCUGCUCCAUCCAUUUUGACCCAAAUAGAUCAUAACUCCAUAACCAACAACUACGCAAGAGUAGUGCAAUGGGGAAUGCACAAAGGCACUUACGACACCAGACACUUCCGCUGCUAUAGAGAUGAUUGUAGAAGAGCACUUCCAGGAAAGUGCAAUUUCCACAACUACUUGCCUUAUGUUCCGCUGCCCCUAGGAAGAAAUAUGGUGACUUCACUGAUUGAAUGCAACACUCCAGACGUCAAUUCUAGAACUCCAGAGAAUGAACAAAGUGAAGGUGAGGCUACAAUGGAAAGAACAACGCAGGACUUUGAAAGUCAACUAUCAUCCCUCCUAUGUGACUUGUUGGAUCAGAUCGACCACGGUAGAAAACGUUUGAGAACCAGGAUACAUAUUGGGAGAGAAAGGCUAGAAGUCACAUACAAGAAAGUAUCUACAAUAAUAGAUGAAACAAGUGUCUGA